AUGCCCGUUGCCGUCCCAGCGCCCGAGCUCGGCCAGUUUAACUACGUCCCGGAGACAAAGGAGAAGCUCGACUGGGCCGAUCUCACCACCCUCGACUUCAGCCUCUACGGAUCGCCGAGGGCAAGAAACAGCUCGCCGACACCCUCGUCAAAGGCGUUCAACUUCAACAUCUCGCAGGAGCGCGUCAACCGCCAGUUCUCGCUGGGAAAGCAGUUCUACGAGCUGCCGUUGGAGGAGAAGUUGAAGUAUGUACCGGCAAAUCUGGGAGGGUAUAACGGUUAUGUUGCCUCCGGUCGCCGCAUUCUCGACGCCGAGUCCGGGAUCAGAGACCGCAUCGAGAUCUACAACAUUCCUAAGUUUGACGGUUUCUUCACCCACAACCACCCAUCCAUCGUUCAAGACAAUCUGGCGGAGAUCGAGGAGUUCGCUAGGUCUCUCCACACCGAGGUGCUGAACCCUUUGCACAUCUUGCUCGCGAUUGCCCUCGAGCUCCCCGAGGACUACUUCCUCAAGAUCCACGACUACUCCCGCAAGAGCGAGGACCACUUCCGGUACAUGAAGUACACCAAGUUCACUCCCGAGGAGAACGCGAAAAUCGGCCGCCUCUGGGGCCGGGGCCACACCGACCUCGGCUCGUGGACGCUGCUCUUCCGCCAGCCCGUCGCCGCGCUCCAGAUCCGGCACCACACGACGAACGAGUGGAAGUGGGUGCGGCCGCAGGACGGGACGCUGACGGUGAACGCGUGCGACGCGCUCUCGUUCCUCACGGGCGGGUACGUGAAGAGCACCGUGCAUCGUGUCGCGGCGCCGCCGAAGGACCAGGAGCACGUUGACCGUCUUGGUAUCCUCUACUUUUCCAGGCCGAACAACGAAGUCAAGCUCGAGACCAUAAAGGACUCUCCCGUCCUCCAGCGCGAAGGAUUCGUCAAGAACCCUUUCGAAGAGUCCAGCAACCCUGCGCCCACCAUGGAAGAGUGGACGUUCGCGAAGCAAAAGUGGCAGCGCGUCAACAACACGGUCCGCGGUGACCCCGAAUACGAGAACGCGCAGAUCGUACCCGGCUAUUCGGAGAGGCGGUACGUAUGA